CGGAUGUACGUUCUGCGGAGCAGCCAUGAAGAUGACAGGGGAGAACAGUUCUGGAAAGUCGGAAAUAACAAUGGAUGAUGUAAAAAACCUUAUCAAAAAGAAAGAUGAAAUUGAAGAGCAGAUAAAAGCGUAUUAUGAUGUUCUGGAAGACCAAGGUGUCGGAGUUGAGGGACCCUUGGUUGACGAAGAGGGCUACCCCCGAGCAGAUGUUAAUUUAUACCAGAUCAGGACAGCAAGACACAAUAUUUCAUGCCUGCAGAACGAUCACAAGGCCAUCAUGGUGGAGAUAGAAGAAGCCCUUCAUAAGCUGCAUGCUCGAGAGAAGGCCAAGCGGGAACUGGAUGAGGCAGAAGGCCAGGGGGAAGCGAUGGAGCUGCAAGUCACUCUUCCUCCUCCCUUUGCACGGGUGGAUGCUGUGACACAAGGCUCACCUGCCUGUGGAGCUGGCCUCAGAGUUGGUGAUGAAGUAAUUGAGUUUGGUUCUGUGAACACACAGAACUUCCAGAACCUCCAGAAUAUCGCGUCUGUGGUACAGCACAGUGAAGGGAAACCAUUACGUGUCACAGUCAUCCGGGAUGGCCAGAAAGCUCAGAUGAGCCUGACUCCACAGCGAUGGUCAGGCAGAGGUCUGCUGGGAUGCAACAUUGUUCCAAUCCAUCGAUGAUCACUUUCAACUGGGAAACCCUUUCCUCCACUUGAUACCCCUGGAUGGUUUCAAAUGGACUUUAUACAUUCUGCAGACAUUUCCAUCUGUUUGUAUUUCAACAUCUUAAUCAGAAAUAGUUCUAUUUCCUUUAUACAAAGGCAGUCUUCAGGAUAGGAUGUAUGAAAAUGUGUCACAUUGACUUUAUUGAAUGAUAGCUGAAUUUUUAUGCAAGAGCAACAGUAAAUCAGGAAAUCUUGGUAAAGUGAUUUGAUAUGAAUUAUUACCAAAAUAUUUAUCCAAUAUGUCAUGAAAGAUUUUUGUUUUGAGUGAAAUAUUUUUUUGAAGUUUAAUACACCUUCCUCACAUGUUUAAAAGCUGAACACAAUUCACUGUACUCACUAAGUAAAAAUAUUUCCACCUCAA